AUGAACUCCCAGGUCUUUUGGAAAACACCCACCGUCCUUGAAAGUAUCAAAGAGCAGCCAGAAGACGACGAAGGCAGUAUAGACAUUGAAUCCACUGACGGCGAGAGUGAAUCCGAUUACUCAGCGACAGAGUCGGAUAAAGAAUUUAUAGUCUCAGACUACUUGGGGCAUGGUCAGGAUGAAGAUGAAUCGGAGUAUGAGCCACCAGACGUAGAGGCAGACGAGCUGUCCGAUAGCACUGAUGAAGAUGAGGACGACAGUAUUGAAACUGAGAUACUGAAUAAGCGAAUUGUUUACCGGCAAGAGGGCCCAGUUACGCAAUAUAUGGUGAAGUUCUGGGUAGAUGAAGAUCACAUUCCUUUCCUGUCCGAGUAUAUGCGCGCGUGUCAGGAAAGCGAUGGUGUUGGCCUUUCUGGUCAGAAACAGCGCUCAUUUCCACAGCCAUCCUGA